GAAUCGGAAGAUUAAUCCAGUUGAUCAAUAAACCGCAAUUAUAUCUACAUAUAUUUUGCGCCGCGCUGUUGAGGAAUGUACAUGAGAGCGAUGAGCUCUCGAAAAAUAAUAAUUUUCUUCUUCGUAAUAAUAAAUUCAGUAGUGUUGGGCUCCAGUGAAGUCCUACCGUGCCAACAAAUUGUGCAAUAUAUCGAUGGAAAAUUACGUAACAGUAAAUUAGAGAUUGCGAAAGCGUUUUUGCACGAUCCAGACUCAGUUACAACUGUUAAAUAUCACAUAGAAUGGAAGAGUUUAGGGACUCGAGACAUAGACUCCCAUGCCCUGACUACCAGUCUCUCAGGCCAAAUGUUUGUCCUGACGGACAGUGAUCAACUUAUAUCAAUGGGUGUCAACUUGAAUCACCCUAAAGUACCCAAUACCAGUGACCUUCACGAGGUAUCCAGCCUCCGCUCUGGAGCCCAAAUGAAAUUCAUAAAAAGCAUCGUCUGGAAGGAAACAACUUAUCUCUUAAUCUGUUACGAUGCAGACUUCUGUAACAUAUACACUAAUACAGAAGCCCUAGAAUUCCAACCGCAGCAGAGGACACGACACGAAAUGAGUACCCCCGUCGACGCUAAUUUCUUUAUCGAAAACGACCAAUUAUAUCUGGUGAUUGCUACCAAUCUCAAGGCCUACCCAUCCUCCUCAGUAGUGUACCGCUGGACAGGGACAUACAUGGACGUAAUCGCCAAGGUCUCCCUGAAGUCUGUUAUAUCUGUCGUCACCUUCGGUCACAAAAAUUCAAGGGUUAUUGUCUUCAGCCAAAGGGACGAACAGUCAUCAAUGGGCUCUCAAAUUUACAAAUUAAUCAUCGAUGAAUCGAAUGGCCAGGGGGUCCUAGAGGUCACUCAGUUUCUCCCCACAAAGCAACCUGUCGCACUGCGUCUCUACCGCAACAACGGUUGCACCUUUCUUCUCGUGGUGAACGAAGCCGAACCGAGUCAGGUCUUCUGGUGGGCUAGUACAGAGUUUCUCCCUUGGAUGCAAGUGGAAGACAUCCAGGGAAACAGUCUCCUCAAUUCGGUUCAAAUGGGGAACAAUACCUUUUUCUUUGUAGCUCAGGGGAACUUCUUGAGUUUAUACAAAGCCAAAAGUAUGCAAUAUGAACGGUUGGACGUGCGGCAGUUUCCGGAUGUCAUUAGGAUCAUUGACAUAGGCGUGAGGAGCGAUGAAAAUGUUAUUUACGUCACGCUAAUAUCUGAAAUAGGCCUGGGUCGCUACAGAGUUGAGCCUCUGCAGUAUUUGAUGAAUGAAAUGAAGAAAGGAGAUCCUCGGAAGAUUCCCGUUGAAGAUAACUCGGAUGCUACUGAGACUUGCCUAAAUAAACUGGGGAAAAAAUUGGCUGAGAGGAUGGAAGAUGUGGAGGAGAGCAGAGCCACGUGGAAGUCCCUUUAUUCAGCUUCUGAAAAUGUUGUAAUUGCCACGCUUGAAGCCGAUGUUAUCCUGAGAUCAUUGGAAGGAUCUACAACCAUAGACAAUUUGGAAAUUCUCAGCAACACGAGCGAGGAAAUUAUUUCCCCCAAAGAGUUACCGAUUUUGUUCGAAAAUUUAGAAUCUGAAUUAUUACAAACGUUGAAUAAGUCUCAAAACUUGAUCACGAUCGACGAAAGUACGAAGACAUUAGUUCUUCCGUCCUUAACUAUCACAAAUGAGGCAGUUUUUGGGGACCUAGACACACCUGUGCUACAGACGAAUCGGAUUAAUGGUGAAGGACCUAAUGAACACUUUCACAAUGACAGCGAUCAACAGUUCAAGGAAACCUUGAGAGGGAAUAAUCUGACUAUCCACAACCUGGAAGUGGAUUCCUUGUGUGGAAUUCCUAAGAAAUUCUGGCUCUUGAAGAACGACUCCAAGAUGAUACCCCUGAGACCCCUCGUCGCCCCAGCCGACCUGCAGAUUCAAGUGGCUAUAAAAAACGAUACGGUUUUCAUAAGUUCUGAUAUUUUUCUGCCAAAUGUUCACACUGUUUUCUUGAACUCAGUGAAUGUAACGCACUAUCUGAACAAUUUGUUCAGACCGGAGGAAAAUCAGGUAAUCAGGACUAAUGUAAUUUUCGAGAAUUUAAUUGUUGACAAAUUGAACCUUCGGACGUUCAAGGGAAUGCCAAUGAAACAAUUAUUGACAAUUAUCACAGAUCAAGAACUGGAUGACCCUGUGUACAUUGAAAUGCUGGACGUUCAACACAUUUACGUGAAUAAAAUCAAUGGGAUUAAGCCGACGGAGGCGGCCAAACUCCUCGAGGAAAAUGUUAUCAGGGGUAAAGUCACAGUGAAUAACUUGAAGAUCACGGACGAGUUGAUUGUCGACGAAAAAAGCGAUUUAUUCAAGAAACCCGAGCAGGUGCAGGUGUAUAAGGACGUAACAAUUAUUGGAAGUGUCUCGGUGGGACGACUGCAAUUGGACAAUCGAGCGAAUAUUCAGCUUAGGGAUUUAAAGUUUCGGGGUAGUGAUGUGGACACCCUGAUGGACACAUAUUGGACGAAAUCUACUAAUCAAACGAUCAAUGCUCCAAUGACAACUUUUGAGAACGGCUUAACACUUGAUGAGUUGAAUGCAGAGUACUUGAAUGGCAUCCGAAAGAGUGAAUAUCUCUACACAACAGAUAAAAAUAUACCACGAGAGUUCGGUGCCCUUCAUUUCAAUGAUUUUGUUGUGAAUGGCCGGAUUGUCAGGGAGAAUGAGACUAGAGAUUUCGUGGAAAUCACUGACGAUACUUUGGUGUUCAAUGAGAGAGUGGUCUUUAAGGAGUUAGUUACUUCGAACAUCAUCACUACGCGGUACAACGGAAUUCCCAUUCAUGAAGUGAUGAACGACAGUAGAAAUCCCAACGACGCUAUUCAUGCUUCCCUACCAGAUAACUUCGGACUGUAUAAAGUAAUUAUAAAUGAUCAUCUCAAGGUUACUGAUCUUCACUUUAAAAUGCUGAAUGACCGAAAUGUUUCGACCUUGCUCUUCCUUGAUCAAAAUAAUAAAGUGGAAACUGUAAAAACAAGCAAGCUGAGAGUGACCGAAUUUCGCACAGCUUCUCCUGGAGCUAAGGUCACACGAGCUGCGGGUGAAUUACUUCCUUCGACUAGAAUGAAUGUAAUGGUCCAAGGACACCUGAUUGUCGAGGAGAAUUUACAAAUUGAGUCAUCGAUAAAUGACCAGAAUGUAGAGGAUUAUUUAGACCACUUAUCUAAAUCAGAUAUUGAAGUUCAUGAUCCAUAUCUCGUUUUGGAAGAAGUCAAUGUUUAUGAAGACGUCACAAUCCGGUCCCUCCACAACAUCGACUUUGAUAAAUUCGUGGAGAAUAUUUUUUCGAGGAGUAGGGAUCAAACUCUCGUAGGAUCUAAGACGUUUCAGCGAGUGAUUGUCAACAAGAUUGAUGCAGAUGUAAUUAACGAUAAUAAAAUCGAGGGAAUGUAUUUUGUCAAUGAUUCUUUGCAUUUCGAAGGCGACGUCACCUUUACAACUCUUAUUGCGAAGGUAGAUGCACCGAAACUUAAUACAAUCGAUAUAAAAUGGAUUCAAAAAGAUCUGUCCUACAUAUUGUCCAAGAAUAUCACUCGCAUGACUUUGACUGGAGCUGUCUCUUGGGGAAAGUCUACAUCCCAAAGGGUCCUUUCACAUAUAAUUGACAAUGCUGUCAAGCCUAAUAAUUACGAAAUCAUCGAAAGUCCCGUCGACUUAUCAGCGGUUGAAUCCGUAGAAAUUUUAUCGCUCUACACGGAUCAACCUUUUUUCUCGAAGAUUCAGGAAAUCAUAAACGACGCUGUAAUCGCAAACAAUAAUUCAAUCAUUGAAUUCAGUGGAGUAAAAACCUUCUUGAAUAACGUAGAAGUUACAGAGCUUAUCGUUGACAUCCUGGAGAUAGAUCGACUGGAGACGACGACAGUUAGAGAUCUGAAUGCCUCAAUAUUCAGAAGGUUCGAUGACACCAAAAUGAUCGAUGGAACUUGUACCUUCAGCGAUGAAAUACGUAUAGUCCACUUAGAGACUUCACAGCUGGGCCCCGGGAUGCCCAAUAUUUCAUCUCUCUUCGUCACAUCCGAAGACAAAGAUAUCUAUUUACCCAGUGGAAGUCACUUCAAGAACUUGGUAAUCAAAGGCGCUGCAGAAGUCGUCUCUCUGGAUGGCGUGGACUUUGAUGUAUUUAUGAAGGAACGAGUAACGAUAACUGGAAAUCACGUUAUUUCAUCGAAUGUCCGGUUUAACGGGCACAUUCAGGUCCUGGAAAACGUCGAAGUUGAGACGGAAGUCAAUGGAGUUAAUGUCCGUGACAUUGUCCUGAGAGAUUCAACAGAGCCGCCGAUCAUCGGAGGUACAAAGACUUUUGAGAAGGAUUUAGUCGUCGAGAUGGACGUUAUAGCUCCAUUCUUCAAUGGAGUGAACAUCACCGAGGCUUAUGAGAACGGCCUCUUAAACGACGAGUCUGCAGUCAUCAGGGGAAACAUCAUCUUCGAAGGGACCACCGACUUAUCGCAAAACAUAAUGAUUUCGGGUGGAAUUAACGGAAUGCAGUUGAGCUCAGUUGCACAGAAUUUUGACAACGAUGCAAAUCAGUUCUUAAGGACGACGGAGAGUAAGAUCAGGGCAAUAGAUGAUUUGAUCACAAACUCGACCAAAAUUGUCACCGCAGGACACCUUUCACAUUUGUUUUAUUACUUGGAACUUCAACAGCAGUUUGAAACACCUCACAUUCACAGUGUCAACAGAGUUAUUCCCACUGUAAUUGACAAUAUAACGCGACUUAAUGUUUAUGCGCUGCAAUCUGGAGAUCAUUGUCCAAGAUUGCCCGAGGGUUGUCCCUGCAGAACUCAAUACCUCAUCGAACUAUCGGAAAACCAAUUUGUAAUGAGGAAAGAGGAAGGCUCGUGGACCGUCUUCAACUUCCCGGAGACUAAUAAUCUGUUCACUAUUAGUGUCAUCACAAGUACAAUCUCCAGUUCUUCUGAAUGUCGAAGGAUUGAGAGGAGUGACGAGUUCACGGCAAUUAAUUGGAUGGCACGAAAUAAUUCCAGUGUCUUAGGGAAUUUCUCUCAUUAUCCUGAUAAAAUUCCAGGAUACCUCAGCGAUACGCAGGUCUUUGUUCACGGGGAGGCUGCAUACAUAGUCCUGGCUAUGUCUUAUGAUGUAGAAAAAAAUACACACGAGGUUAAUUCGUUGAUUUAUCGCCUGGACUUGAGGAAAAAUCAUUUGAGUCUGGUGUUGAAGGUUCCUAUGGUGGGUGCAACUGCUAUUGAGGUGUUGAAUAUCGCUGGAAAGGGCUCUCAUAUAUUAAUCGCUGCUGGACAGCCGAAAAAUCCCCAGGAAACGACAAAAUCGUUUCUCUAUAGGAUCAAACCGAGGGAGUAUGAGUUUGAGUUGCUCAGAAGUUUUUACACUGGUGGAACGAGAAGAGUUGAGAGUCUAACCCAUCGACACGACGAUUUUCUGAUCAUGGAUGAUGUUCGGACAAACGCUAUUAAUAUCUACAAGUAUAGAGAGAGCUUCGAUAAUUUCUAUCUUUAUCAGAGUCUCCAUUUCGACUGUGCGAUUAGGGAUAUUGAGAUUUAUUAUCCUGGAACAUUCAGGUGGGGUGAUGCUUAUGUAUUAAUUACUACUGAGGACGACAGGUUCUUCUUGUAUCAGUAUAUGAUGGUUGGGAAAUUCGAGAGGAGGAUGAGUAAAUGGGUACAUGGGAUCCUGUCUGUGACUCCUUUUCAUUUACCCGAGGCGCAGUAUCUCCUGGUGACUACGCGUGAUAACAGUACUGUUUACAGGUGUAUUACACAGGAAUCUCAUUGAAAUUCAAUCGACUACGUUGGAAAGCGCAGAAGACUUUCCAUUAAAUUAUGUCAUACGUCAAAAUUAAGGCUUUAAUUUUUUCAAGAAUAAUGUUGUAUAUUUACGUGUGUUGUACGUUAUUUCGAAGAAACUAUUUGUGUUAAAAUGAACUAUAGGUAUCACUAACGAGAAAGGAAAGGAGAAUGCCAAUCCUUUUCAAUUCGAUGUAUUGUAAACCCCAUUGAGGUUGCUUAGGAAGCAACAUUAUUGAAAUGUUUAUGUUUUUGAAUUUUGUCAUCUAUUUUUGUUAUAUGUUUUCGUGAAAUGAAAUGCAAUAAUAUUCAUGUUACUCACUUGA